GGCAGUUUGGCACCGCGGGUGGACGGACCGGCGUGGGCGAGGGCGAGGCCGCCCAGGAGCAGAUGAGCGUAACGCAUGGUGUUGUUUCUUCUCGCCUUCGUUCUUGUCGCGGUCUCGAACCGGAGUGUGCACCAGACUUUAUAAACCCUCAGUUGGGCGUCUCUGCGGGUUUAUGUACAGGUACAUUACUCCGAGUCGGUCGGGUAGCCCCAUCUCCGAACAAGGGAUUCUGUCGUUCUUCUUCGCCCGUUCCCACCCUUCCCGCUUUCCGACUUCCCGUCCAUCAUGCUACUACGCUGUGUCCCACUGCGGCGGGGUCCCAAUCUUCUCAUGGCUCCGCACCAUGUUCAUUUCUGCGUAUUUCUGCGCGGCCGGAUCCUGCUUGGACCGCGGAUGAUUCCAUUCUCCAUGGGAACUUCCCGAGUGAGGAGUUGCGCCGAGAAAGCUUGCAGGAGAGCUUGCCAGCAGACAUGAUGAUGCUAAGGCGUUAUCGAGCUAGGGCCGGUGGGGUGGCGUUGCAGCGAGGGAUAAAUCGUCAUUCGCGGCCUGGAAUGUCUCGGGGAACUGGAUUCGAGCCGUGUAAGCUCAUGGAUGGAGUUUCCAGCGUCCCAAUCCGUCAACAUACACACGGGAUAAUUGCUUCAAGCUUGCUACUUUUUGAUUUCCCGCCCUAUUGCGAUAAUUCGGAACACAUCGUUAUGUAGAACGAGGGGCUGGCCAUCAUGAUGUUGUGUUCCCCCUUGGAGGGGCCCUGCAGCGUGGGUGGGCCAGGACCAGGGUCACCGGGGGUUCGGCCCACGGCAGUUGCAUAUCGCUUAUGACUUCGCUUCCGUCUCCUCGGAAUGGCA